AUGUUGGUGACUUUCAAUUCGAAGGCUAAACGCACGAAUAAGAGGGAUGAGGUGGGGCGAAUGACGGGCGGAGAGGAUAUAAUGGUUUUAGGGGUCCCUAAGAGGAACGGUAAGGAUGAUGGAAAGGUCGGAAAGCCCCUGGUGGAAGGCCGGGGUGCAUCCAAGGUGGAUGUGAAGGCUGCGAAGAGCGAGAGUGGGACGAUCAGGAUAAUUGAGGACGCCCGGGACUUCCACAAGAUGAAGGCUUCGAGGAGAUCGAAGCAAGGAUGUUUGACGUGCAAGAUACGGAAGAAAAAAUGCAAUGAGAUGAGACCUGUUUGUGCGGACUGUGCUCGGUUGAAUAAAGAGUGUGUGUGGGUGGAUUAUAACACGAUGAGCGACGAGCAGAUCAGGGUGUUACGGGAACGAGUCGAGCACGAAGAGAGUGUGCUGAAGUUGCGGAAGCGUAAAGCUAGAGACUCGUCUACUGAAAUGGUCCGAACUUUGUACGACCCAACCCCGCUUGAAACGAACCACCAGGACACUCCGAUGACAUACGCUUAUGCGACGCAGAAAUUACAAGAGUCGUAUAGCAAGAUGUCGGAGCAUAGCGUGAAGAAGAGUCCGAAUCUGCUUUUUAGAGUAUUCAACAGCACACCUUCGCCAAGUUCGAGCACUCCUGUCCCUACGAUCUCGAGUCUCCAACAAGCAUUUGUAACCCCCAAUUCGCCUACCAUCAGCAACCUCAUGAACCCACUCGACCACGAAAAUGGAAAACAUAUCCCCACCAACGACGUGGUAGACCUUCCCAACCUUGGGUCAUAUGAAUCUAACCCAUAUGAUAAGGUGGCAUAUUCACCGUCGGAGUUCUUAAGCUUCCUAAGGGGAUUGAAUCAACCCUCAGACAAUACCAAGCAUGACGAAACUAGCUACGCAUUUCCAUUGCUAGGAGACCAACACGACAAGUCAAAGGAGACCAGCAUUAUACAAUCACCUAAUUUUUCUAUUCUGAAUAUAUUAGAACAGUUUUCUGGCGAAAGACAAUUAUCGCCAUCCAAUUUCAAUAACUUUGCAUCAUCCUUGAAUUCUAUAUUCACCCCAUUACCACCAUCACCGCCUUCAGUAAUCCCAGAAUUAACUGGCAAAAGCGCCUACUUAUACAACUAUUAUGUCGAAACCCUAUCUCGAAAAGUAUGUAUAGCGCCGAGUUCGCAGAAUGAUUCCAACUCGUACCAGAAUAUUUUUUUACCGCUUGCUCAUAAAGACAAGGGUGUUCUUUACGGGAUUUUGGCAUGGUCCGGCUUUCAUCUAGACGGUGAUUGGAUAAACGAAGGUAAGAAGUACGCUGAUUUAGCGUUGGAGCAUAUGAAUAAGACGUUAAAGGAAUCGAUGGACCGAAAUCAAGGGAAAGACGAUCGACACACUAUUUUGGUUAAGUUAGCUACUUUACUUAUUUUAUGCGGUGCUGAAAUUUGUCGUGGUGACGUUAAAAACUGGUCCAUCUACUUAUACUGGGGCUGGAAAAUAUUAUUCACGAAUGGAGGUAUUCUAAAUUUUAAUCUGACAAAAGAAGAGCAUUGGUUAAUAUCUAACUUCGCAUAUCAUGAUUUAUUGGCUAGUUCCUCGAGUGAAAGAGGUACGUAUUUCCCGUCAGAGGACUAUGAAACUAUAUUUUCGGACCAUGCGGGUCUAUCGCAAGGAAACCUUAACCCCUUGCUUGGUGUCUCUAAGAAGCUCUAUAGAAUAAUUGGAGAUAUUAGCACUUUGGCAUUCGAAAGUAAAAUUAUAUUAAGCCAAUACUACAAUAGAGAUUCUAUAAAUACGAAAACGGGGAUUUCAGAGUCUCCCAUAUUUGGCACUCCAAAGGACAUUAACGACAACGAUUCUGACUUGAGUAUGCACGCGAAAAUGAAUCGUUUGUUAUCGUCGGUUAUAGACAAAGCCAUGGUACUUCAAAUGGAAAUAGACGAAUCAAAGCCUGACCUUACGGACUUGGUAAACCUUACAGAUGAAGAACUAGAAUGGCAAUUGACUCUUUUUGAAGCAUUUCAGAUCAGUGCUAAGUUAUUUCUCAGACAAACUAUUAUGAAAUGCAAUCCGUCAUCAUUGGAAUCUCAGGUACUUGCAAACGAUUUAAUAAAAUGCAUCGACAUAGUAUUGGGUUCCCCGGUGCAGGCAUCUCUAGUGUUCCCGAUGUUCAUGUCUGGUAUCCAUUGCGUUACAACGUAUGAUAGAGAUACGAUGAGACAAAGACUUGAUCAGUUUAUGAAAUUAUAUGGUCCUUGGAAUGUUACAAGAGCGAAAUUUCUUAUGGAGAAAGUUUGGGAGCAGAGUCCCGAGGGUGACAGGGUUGUAGAUUGGCAUUCAAUUCUUAAAGACCUAGGAUGGGAUAUCAACUUUGCUUAA